CCCUUCUUCCCGAUUCUGAUCUUCCUUUCAACGUAUGUAUUAGCGAGGCCUCUAAUCCACUACCUUAGUAUACGCAGCACGAGACUGAUUCGAGGUCACGCCUGAACAGCCACAAUAACCAUGGCGACAUUCGCCAAAGCAACCUUCAGCCAUACGGGCUACGCCGCCUUCCGACCCUCCUACCCCAACACUCUCUUUGACAUCCUCCUCGCCUACCACCAAGGUCCCAAAAAACUCCUCCUCGACCUCGGCUGCGGCACAGGCGUCGCCAGCUAUCCCCUCAGCCGACGUUUCGAGCGCGUAAUCGCCACCGACCCUUCAGCAGGCAUGAUCCGCGAAGCGCAAAGCGGACUCUCCACACUAAAACCCACCAAAGACCCAAUCCAACUUUCUUUCCAACAAUCUUCAGCCGAACACUCCCCAUUUCUCGCCCAAGCAGAAAUCGACUGCGUCACAGCAGCUCAAUCCGCACAUUGGUUCGACCAAUCUCGUCUCUGGCCAGAAUUACAACGCAUCGUGCGAAAAGGCGGUACACUCGCUUUUUGGGGAUACAAAGAUCAUGUAUUUCCCGAAUUUCCCGCCGCGAGCGAAAUUCUACAACAUUACGCCUACGAUCCACAUCCGGAUUGUUUAGGUUCGUAUUGGCCGCAGCCGGGAAGAUCGUAUGUGCAAGAUAAACUCCGCGUGAUUCAGCCGCCGGGGGAGGAGUGGGAGGAUGUGCGACGGAUGGAAUAUGAACCGGGUUUACAGGGGCGGAAUUCGGGUGAGGGGAAGUUGUUGAUGAGGAGGACUGUGACGUUGGGGCAGUGUAAGGAGUAUAUGAGAACGUGGUCGGCGUAUCAUGGGUGGAAGGAUACGCAUCGGGGAAUGGAGGCUCGGGCGAGGGGGGGAAAGGGAGAUGUGGUGGAUGGGAUCUUUGAUGAGAUUGCGAGGAAGGAGAAGCAUUUUGAGAAGGAGGAGAAUAGUGUGUAUAUGGAGUGGGGCUCUGCGAUGAUUUUGGCGAGGAGGAAGUGAGAGAGAUUUGUAUCAAUACUUACCUAGGUAUAUGGGGAUGGAGCUAUCAUCUCGUGAACAGACGUGGUUGAAAAG